AUGUCCAAAAAUGAGCUGGCAGAUGAGGUCCUGCACCUGUACAAGGGCAACCUUCAGCAUAAACAGCUUAUAAAAAAGCAGGAUGAAGAGCUCAAAAAGACGUCCAUGAUGGUGAGAAAGUUGACAAAUGACUUGGAACAGAUGAAAUUGAGGACAGCAAGAAUAGGUCGGUGGGACACUGAGCAAAUAAAAUAUGACAGGCUCAGUAAGGAGAUCUACACACUGAAGCAAGAAAAUAAGGCAUUAAAAAAGCAGCUCAAGGACCAAAAUGUAACAGAAAGAUCACUGGAAUCUGACCGAGUCAAAACAGUGCAGGAGACUAACUAUGACAUCAAUAAGGAGGUCUGCAGACCGAAGGAUAUCCCAAGCAGGUCAAAACAAUAUGAACAGAUCAAGUCAAAGGUUGACUCAAGGUGGACAAAACUACCGGGAACAACACAGCCACAUCAAACAGAUCAGAAAAGGACUAGCAAAGGGGCUCAACCUCCAAGCACCUCCCUCUCUCAACACCGAAACAAACGGCUGAAAAAUGCAGAGUCAGAUAGCCACAAACUUGAGAAAGAGACGGAGCUGCAGGGAGUGGAAACGAAGGAGAUUCAGGAAACAUCAGAGAACCUGCAGAAAGUACUGACUGAAACGAAGUCAGAACAGGAAGAAACAGUUCAGCAGGUCUUUGAGCAAGACAGCCCUACCACAGAAAAACACUUUGACUAUAAUGACAUAUUCAGUGAAAUCAUGGAAGAGCUGCCUGAGAAAAGCCAGGUGUUAUUACAGGUGAAGGACCGAAUCAUCCAACUACAAGAAAAUGAUAAGGAACUGAAAACCCAGCUUCAGACCAUGAAGGAGAGCUGUGAUGAGCUCUCCAACCAGCUGAAAGAACAGCAAAUUAAGUGUCAUGACUUGGAGAUGCAGCUCCAGGAUUUGAUCAGGGACUGGGAAAAGGAGCCAUCACUAAACAGCAUUGAUGAACUGCAAGAGUUGCAGUUGAUGCAGGAGAAUUAUGACAAGUUGCUCAAAGAUUAUCAAGAGAGUAAACAGCAAUGGCAGAUUCAGAAGCAGCAGCUAAAGUCACAAAUCUCCCACCUGGAGUCCCAGCUCAAGACUGAACUUGGAAAUAAACAAGAGAUACUCACCAGACUUGAGGGUGAAAAAGACACAAUCAAGAUGCUUACAGAAGAAAGUAAGCAGCUUCGAGUUCAAAUACACCAGCAGGAGCAUGGGUCGAAGUCACGAAUCCCCCAGCUGGAGUCCAAGCUCAAAGCUGAACGUGACACCAAACAAGAGGUACUCACCAUACUUGAGGCUGAACAGGACACAAUCAAGAUGCUUACAGAAGAACGUAAGCAGCUUGAGGUCCAGGUACAUCAACAGGAGGUGCAGCUAAAGUCACAAAUCUACCAGCUGGAGUCCAAGCUCGAGACUGAACUUGGAAAUAAAAAAGAGGUACUCACCAUACUUGAGGCUGAACGGGACACAAUCAAGAUGCUUACAGAAGAAAGGAAGCAGCUUCAAGUACAGUUACAUCAGCUGGAUCAGCAGGAGCUUCAGCUGAAGUCACGAAUCUCCCAGCUGGAAUUCCAGCUCAAGACUGAACAUGGAAAUAAAGUAGCGGUACUCACCAGACUUGAGGCUGAAAGGGACACAAAUAAGACAUUUAGACAAGAAAAGGAGCAGCUUGAGGUUCAGUUGAAGUCACAAAUCUCCCACCUGGAGUCCAAGCUCAAAGCUGAAAGUGACACCAAACAAGAGGUACUCACCACACUUGAGGCUGAACGGGACACAAUCAAGAUGCUUACAGAAGAAAGGAAGCAGCUUCAAGUACAGUUACAUCAGCUGGAUCAGCAGGAGCUUCAGCUGAAGUCACGAAUCUCCCAGCUGGACUCCCAGCUCAAGACUGAACUUGGAAAUAAAGAAGCGGUACUCACCAGACUUGAGGCGGAAAGGGACACAAAUAAGACAUUUAGACAAGAAAAGGAGCAGCUUGAGGUUCAGUUGAAGUCACAAAUCUCCCACCUGGAGUCCAAGCUCAAAGCUGAACAUGACACCAAACAAGAGGUACUCACCACACUUGAGGCUGAACGGGACACAAUCAAGAUGCUUACAGAAGAAAGGAAGCAGCUUCAAGUACAGUUACAUCAGCUGGAUCAGCAGGAGCUUCAGCUGAAGUCACGAAUCUCCCAGCUGGAGUUCCAGCUCAAAGCUGAAAGUGACACCAAACAAGAGGUACUCACCAGACUUGAGGCUGAAUGGGACACAAUCAAGAUGCUUACAGAAGAACGUAAGCAGCUUGAGGUCCAGGUACAUCAGCUGGAUCAGCAGGAGCUUCAGCUGAAGUUACGAAUCUCCCAGCUGGAGUCCCAUCUCAAGACUGAACUUGGAAAUAAAGAAGAAGUACUCACCAGACUUGAGGCUGAAAGGGAGAAAAUCAAGAAGCUUAGAAAAGAAAAUAAACAGUUUCUCCAGCAAGAUCAGCAACUAAAAUCACAAAUCUCCCAGCUGGAGUUCAAGCUCAUGGCUGAACUUAGACACAAAGAAGAAGUACUCAGCAGAUAUGAGGCUGAAAGGGAGACAAUCAAGAAGCUUAGAGAAGAAAAUAAGCAUUUUGUCCAGCAGGAUGAGCAACUAAAAUCACGAAUCUCCCAGCUGGAGUUCGAGCUCAUGGCUGAACUUAGACACAAAGAAGAAGUACUCAGCAGAUGUGAGGCUGAAAGGGAGACAAUCAAGAAGCUUAGAAAAGAAAAGAAACAGUUUCUCCAGCAAGAUCAGCAACUAAAAUCACAAAUCUCCCAGCUGGAGUUCAAGCUCAUGGCUGAACUUAGACACAAAGAAGAAGUACUCAGCAGAUGUGAGGCUGAAAGGGAGACAAUCAAGAAGCUUAGAGAAGAAAAUAAGCAUUUUGUCCAGCAGGAUGAGCAACUAAAAUCACGAAUCUCCCAGCUGGAGUUCGAGCUCAUGGCUGAACAUAGAAACAAAGAAGAAGUACUCACCAGAUGUGAGGCUGAAAGGGAGACAGUCAAGAAGCUUAGAGAAGAAAAUAAGCAUUUUGUCCAGCAGGAUGAGCAACUAAAAUCACGAAUCUCCCAGCUGGAGUUCGAGCUCAUGGCUGAACAUAGAAACAAAGAAGAAGUACUCAGCAGAUGUGAGGCUGAAAGGGAGACAAUCAAGAAGCUUAGAAAAGAAAAGAAACAGUUUCUCCAGCAAGAUCAGCAACUAAAAUCACAAAUCUCCCAGCUGGAGUUCGAGCUCAUGGCUGAACUUAGACACAAAGAAGAAGUACUCACCACAGUCGAGGCUGAAAGGGAGACAAACAAGAAGCUGGCAGAACAAAUUAAGCAGCUUCAGGUCCAGUUACACCAGCAGAAACAGCAGCUGUUUGUACUGAAUCAAAGUUUGAGACUCGACCACAGUGAGAAAGAUUUCCAUAUCUCUCCACCAGGCUCAACCUUGAUGGCUAAACAGUCUGAAGUUGUCCCCAAAGAUGAUUCCAUUGAGGAAACCUCAGACAACAGUCCACAAGAGCAUGUUCAAACUUUCAGGGAGAGGUAUGUCUCAAUUUUCUGCGAAAAUAAAUGUGAGGACACAUUCUCAGAGUCUUCACAGCCCAAAGAGACAAGGGAAAAAUCUACCCUGGGCAUUCAGCUUGCCGCACAGUACAGCUGUACCCUCACUUUCCCCAAAGCAACAGAAGAUCAAAACAAAAAUGAAGACAAAUCAAUUCCCUCCAGUAGCAAUGACAGGACUGAUCAAAAACAGACUGAAGAUCAGCUGGACAUCAUGGGUGAGAUAUUGUGGAAAGGCAGUCUAAAUGAAACCGCAGUCCCGAAAGCGCACAUAUAUUUAUCGCCUACUCUGGAUAUCGCCAAGGGUCCUUCUAAACACAUUUGUUCAACUAAGAUCAAAGAUGCUGAUGAAACAUCAUGCACUUUGAAGAAGACCAAGCACAAAGAAAAAUCAGCAGACUUCAAGAAAUCUGAACACAAGAAGGAAACAUCCCCAGAGUCCUCAAAGACCAAAGCCAAGAAGGGAAAAGCUCACAUGUGGAGCAACAUUUCCUGCCGCUCUGUAGUUCAAGAGCAGUAG